GGGUUCUACUUCCGGCAUUGUGACGGCUGGGAGAGGAGGAGUCCGCGGUGGUCCUGUUGUCCAGCCGUGCUUCUGCCAUGACGGGCGCAGGGCCGCCGAGCCGUUUCUUGACGAGCGUCUUGCGGAACGGAGUGGGCCGCUACGUGUGUCAGCUCCAGCGCCUCACCCUGACCCUCAGCCGGGAUGCGCCGAGCUCGCGGGGCGUUAGAGAGUAUGUUGAAGAAAAGGUGGUGGACUUUGCCAGGCAGAACCCUGGGAUUGUGUUAUACGUGUGUCCAAAGAAGAGCAGGGUUCCAACAAUAGAGGCUGAAUAUUUGAAUGGGACCGUGGAAGUGAAACCCUUAACCAGCAAGACAGCAGAUGAGGUUGCAGAGAUCAUCCAGACAUUGGCUAACCAGUCUGGCCUAGAGAUCAUGCGCAUUCGAAAGCCUUUCCAUACAGAUAACCCUAGUAUCCAAGGCCAGUGGCAUCCCUUCACAAACAAGCGCAGUGUGCUCAAUGUGCAAGAAAUUGGUCAGCAGUGUCGUUCAUCCCCAUAAAAAUAAAUCUGUGCUGGUGUGAAAUGAAUGUGGUUUUUUAUUGUUUUUCUGUUUUGUAAGUGGAAAAUUGUCUUGGGCCAAGGGACGUCCAGAUGUUU